AUGGACGGUCUUAAAGAUUUGGUUGCUCCUAAAACACUCCACUGGAUCAGUUAUGUGGCAAAUGUAUUCUGGAUUGUGCUCGGAACUAUCCUAUCAACAAUCGUUCUAUACACUGAAAACAGCGAACCGACUGACUUUCGUUGUGGCUCAACUGGCGACGAGGAACUCAUUGGUAAAAAGUGUUACGAACAGUAUGAAAAACAGUACAACAAAUUCGGUAUUCCUGUGUAUGGGUUCGUGAUUAUUAACUUCCUUGUUACUGCAAGUGUUUGUGGAAUUUACUCACAAGCGAUGAAGUCGAGAGUUGAGGUACUAAGUGAACACGACCAGAAUCAAAAUGAUGAAGAAAUGCAAACUCAACCAAGGAACAAUAACUUAACCGAAAAAAAGCUUUUCAAAGCGUACUGUUUGCAACUUCUUACCAGAUUUUUUCUUGGGAUUUUAUUUGUCUUUCUGCAGACCAAAUUACUUUAUCCUCUCAGCUUUCCCUCGAACUUUAGCUGUAACUUAACAAGAGACGGGAAGUUUUCAGACAUUACGGCCAGUGGGUCUCGCAACGAAACUCAAACGCAAACGUCAUAUGAAUGUCAUAAUCAACGAGCGACUAAGAAGACCUUUUGGGCUGAUGCCGUGAUCGUUGUAACUGGAACGUUUGUAUUUCUUGUGUUUAUCGGGUGUCUGUAUAUGUUGUUAUGGCGUGCAAGAGAAGGAAGCUUUAAAGCCUUUACGGAGGACCAGGAAUUUCAUAAACGUUAUCUGAGUUCGAAUACGUCAAAUUCAGAUUCUACGCCUUCUACAGUAAACGAACUGGGUCCGUUAUUGAACAACGACGACGAUCAUACCAAUCCUUCAUCUACCUGCGUUCAACCCUGCAAUGAAUCCCCGCCAGAACCGCCGCAUAUUGACAAUCGAACCGAACUGCCACCAUCAAACGCGCCAGCCACGGCAUCCAGCAACGCUUCACAUGACUCGUCAAUCAACCCCAAUCCAACAGACGAACAAACAUCCGUCUCCACUUUCAUCAAACAUAUGAAGGAACAUGUCCGAUGGAAAACCGAAAGAUCUGAUGGAGAUCCUUUUGAUCCUAAUCCAGGUGAAGGCUCUCAAGGAGAUCAAACGCUUGACCAAAUAUACACCAAUUUGGUUAUUCACGAGGGGAGAGUUGAUAUGCAUGACUUGAUAGCUGGAGAUAGAGAGAAACCACUAGAAGAGUACCCUACAAGAAAACCCAGAGAAAACUCGCAACCAACACAACCAGCAGAUAUUUUUGGUGCUGAAAAACAGAAGAUACUUGUUGUUGGUCGUCCUGGAAUUGGAAAAACUAUGUUUAGCACGAAGAUUCUCCGCAACUGGGCUUCCGAUAACUUGUUUAAAGAAGCACAAAAAUCACCAGUGGAUUUCAAAGUCGCUUUCCUCAUCAAGCUUAGGAGAUUUAACUCCAAGCAAGACGAAAAACUCAGUCUUCGCGAGCUUCUGAGUCACUCAGAGUAUUCCAAAGAAGAUCUAAACGAAGAGGUCUGGAACUACAUUCUUCAAAACCCAAACAAAGUACUUGUGAUUUUUGAUGGAUUUGACGAAUAUUCUGGCAAGACUAAAAUCGAUGACGAAAGCCAUUCUUACAGAGACAAUGAACAGGAAAGCAUGCCUAUUCAUUUCCUCUUCAAGAAAAUAGCAUCAGGAGACAUUCUUCGCGGUGCCACAGUCUUAACUACCACAAGGCCAAACGCUGGGUCAUUUAUGAGAAGUUUUAACUUUGACAAAACGGUUGAAAUUCUGGGAUUUACAACUGAGCAAGUGGAUGAGUAUGUGCAGAAGUUCACCAAAGGCGAUGACCAGAAAGCAAACACCAUAAAGCAGCACAUCAGCAAUAACCGUAAUCUCUUAUCCUUUUGCUACGUUCCGGUGAAUUGUUUCAUCAUUUGUUCCUGCUUGUUUCAACUUCUUUGCAAAUCCGCUAGCCCUGGCCUUCUUCCCACAACACUAACUAAAAUAUACUCCAUCGCUGUCAAGUACUUUUACUUUCGUCACGGCCACUCUGAAAAAGUGAGCAGCGUUGAAGACAAUUUUCUUGACCCAUUUAAGAAACUGUCUUCCUCUGUGCAAGGCGAGUUCACACGCCUUGGAGAAAUUGCUUUUCGUGGAAUUGAAAACGGAAGACUGAUUUUUGAAUCAGUUGAAGUUAACAACCUAAAGAGUAAUGGCCUGUUUCACCGUUUACCUGACACUAGUGACGAUCCUUUAUCAAGGAGAAGAGAACAAUAUUGUUUUAUACACCUGACGAUGCAGGAGUUCAUGGCUGCGAAGUAUUUGAUAGACACGUUGAGUUCCGAAGAACUGCGGAAUUUCGUUUCCGCUCACGUCAAGGAUGGCGCGUGGUAUGUUGUGAUGCAGUUUGUGGCUGGACUGUUGGCUGAACAAGAAGGACAAUCAACAGAUAUUUUCAGCGACCUUCUUCCCUUAAAAACUUUGACUCAAGAAGUUAAAAUCAAGUUGAGUGAGGACUCAGAGGAACAAACUGAAACACUGACCUGUUGGCCAGCUCAUGAAGACAAGGCUUUAGUGGUGACGCUAUUCAAUUGCAUGUAUGAGAAUAAUGCCUCUGAUCGAGAAGUUCAAAAGAAACUGGCGAAAAUUGGUUGCAAUGCGCUUAAUUUUAGUGACUGUAACCUGUCACCUCUAGACUGUUUAGCAUUAGUGCAUGCACUUAAAUCUGUUGAAGGAAUUUUGGAUUUUAAUUUAAGCAACAACUUCCUUCAGUCGUUGACAUGUAUUGAGAUUGCGAAGUUGUUUCCUGGCAACGAACAUAAUCAGGGUUUUUGCGAACUAAAAAGUUUAAACCUCGGGGGUAACCAAUUAACUGAUAAAGGAGUUAAACUUUUAUCCACAGCACUCACACACACUAACUGCAAACUAAAAAGGUUAAACCUCUGGGGUAACAGCAUAACUGAUGAAGAUGUUGAACAUUUAUCUACAGCACUCACACACACUAACUGCAAAUUAAACAGCUUAAACCUGGGGGGUAAUAGCAUAACUGAUGAAAAUGUUAAAAAUUUGUCUAAAGCACUCACACACACUAACUGCAAACUAAACAUCUUAAACCUCAGUGGUAACAACGUAACUGAUGAAGGUGUUAAACAUUUAUCUACAGCACUCACACACACUAACUGCAAACUAAAAAGCCUAAACCUCUGGAAUAACAAGAUAACUGAUCAAGGUGUUAACCAUUUAUCUACAGCAGUCACACACACUAACUGCAAACUAAAUAGCUUAGACCUCAUGAAUAACAGCUUAACUGAUCUAGGUGUUAAACAUUUAUCUACAGCACUCACAAACACUAACUGCAAACUAAACAGCUUAAACCUCUUUGGUAAUAAAAUAACCCAGGAAGGUAAAAAUCUCUUAAACUCAAUAAGCAUAAACUGUGAAGUAAGAAUCUAAGCCAUUAAACAUGUAUCGAGGUCUAGAAGUUGUUACCUGGCAGCGAACACAGUCGGGGUUUUUUCGUCUUAAAAAAUUAAAUCUCGCUUUUAAUCAUAUAACAGAU